UCUGCUGAGCUCACCUUCCAUGAACUUCUCUCGACUCUUCAUUGUGGCAGACGAACCUCUACAUCGACGUUGUUUUUAAGUACCACGGGACUCAAAACCGAGUUUUACCAUAUACAACAAAUAUGGCUGAUAACGAACCAACCCCCGCCGAACAGGCUGCCGCCCGCGCGAAAGAGCAAGCCGAGCAGGACGCCCUCCCUUACAAGUGGACCCAAACCAUCGGCGAUGUCGACAUCACCAUCACAGUGCCGGGCAACCUCAAGGGGCGCGACCUGGUAGUGGACAUCAAGAAGGAGAGCAUUUCGGCCGGAAUCAAGGGACAAGAACCCAUCAUCCAAGGCACCCUCCCGCACGCGAUCCGGACCGACGACAGCACCUGGACACUCACAGCCGCGCCCGACAACAACAAGGUGGUGGAGAUCCACCUGGACAAGGUCAACAAGAUGGAGUGGUGGGCGCACGUGGUGACGGGGGCGCCGCGGAUCGACGUGAGCCGGAUCGUGCCCGAGAACAGCAGCCUGUCGGACCUGGACGGGGAGACGCGCGGCAUGGUGGAGAAGAUGAUGUUCGACCAGCGGCAGAAGGAGGCGGGCCUGCCGACGAGCGACGAGCAGAAGAAGGCCGACAUGCUCAAGAAGUUCCAGGCCCAGCACCCCGAGAUGGACUUUAGCAACGCCAAGAUUAGUUAGUUAGUUGGGUUGGGGGUUGAAUGCGAAAUGGGGUUUUAUGGUUCUGUUCGUGGGGGUGGGGGUGGUGGCGGCCGGGACUCGAUGUGUGAUGAGGGCAGACAGAGGAAGUGGAGAUUGUUGCGGACUUUGAGGGCACACAUGGGAACACGCAUGGUUUUAUUGCUCCUACUAUGUCUACAGCAAGCGGGAAUGAAUGUGAGGGGUGAAACGAAUCGCCAGGACCACGGAUAUCUCAGGUUGUUGCCAACGGUCGAGGCGUCAGAGAGCCCAUCA